CCCGCCCCUCGCAGGGGGCGGUAAUGACAGCAACCCCGUUUCCGGUUCCGGCGGAGCCCGGAGCCCAGCCGAGAUGGAGGAAGAUGCGAUCGGAGGACGGCAGUCCCUGGGAGUGGAGGACCGAGUGGGGGCUGCGGCCUAGAAGUCGGGGCUUGGAGUUCGCCUCUGGCUCGGUGGAACCGAGGUCUGCGAAGGUCUUCAGGCACCAUGGAGGACAAACGCAACAUCCAGAUCAUUGAGUGGGAGCACCUGGACAAGAAGAAGUUCUACGUGUUCGGUGUGGCGAUGACGAUGAUGAUCCGCGUCAGCAUCUACCCGUUCACGCUCAUCCGCACCCGGCUGCAGGUGCAAAAGGGCAAGAGCCUCUACAACGGGACCUUCGACGCCUUCAUCAAGAUCCUGCGCGCAGACGGCGUGACUGGCCUCUACCGAGGGUUCCUGGUCAACACCUUCACCCUCAUCUCCGGCCAGUGUUACGUCACCACGUACGAGCUCACCCGGAAGUUUGUAGCCGACUACAGCCAGAGCAACACUGUCAAAUCCCUGGUGGCCGGCGGCUCGGCCUCCCUCGUGGCCCAGAGCAUCACCGUGCCCUUCGAUGUCAUCUCGCAGCACCUGAUGAUGCAGCGUAAGGGCGAGAAGACGGGCCGCUUCCAGGUGCGGGCCAACGGAGAAGGACAAAGGGUGUUUGCCUUCGGCCAGUCCAGGGACAUCAUCAGGCAGAUCCUGCGGGCCGACGGGCUUCGGGGCUUCUACCGAGGCUACGUGGCUUCACUGCUUACCUACAUCCCCAACAGUGCUAUGUGGUGGCCCUUCUACCACUUCUACGCAGAGCAGCUCUCGUACCUGUGUCCUAAGGACUGCCCUCACAUCGUCCUUCAAGCCAUCUCGGGGCCCCUGGCUGCUGCCACUGCCACCAUCCUCACCAAUCCCAUGGAUGUUAUUCGAACUCGCGUGCAGGUGGAGGGGAAGAACUCCAUCAUCCUGACCUUCAGACAGCUGAUGGCAGAGGAGGGGCCCUGGGGCUUCAUGAAGGGCUUGUCAGCCAGAAUCAUCUCAACCACACCUUUCACCAUGGUCAUCGUGGUGGGCUAUGAGAGCCUCAAGAAACUCAGCCUGCGACCUGAGCUGGUGGACUCGAGGCACUGGUAAUCAGUGGUGGCCGAGGAGGCUGCCGUUUCCACGCUGCUCGGGGCGGGGCAGAGUGGGGAGGAACACUCCCUGCAGCUGUCCCCACUUACCCAGCCCUGCCCUGGGCCAGGUGGCCUGUCAGGGCCAGGGAUAGAGA